AAAUAAAAAGUAAAAAAAUUGCAUUGCAUUUUCUUCCGAAUCUCCACCCAGCUAACCUCACCACACCACCAAGUACAAACCCCAAUCUCAUUUCUCUUUCAAUUUCAUUAUCUCGCGUUGAAAUCACGAUCUAACUGAAGCGCGUGAAACAUAACCCACCAGUAAUAUCCACCAUCAUCCCGAACGCGAUAAUCUCAAACUCAAACGCGAUAAUCUCAAAACGCAAAUCGGAAUAAUCAAAAGCGCCAUGAGCGACCAAUCACGGUUGCAGAACGUGCGUUCUACUGCACAACUUCUCAAAGAAGCAACUUCAUCAUUCUCAUCAAAUCUCUUCACAUUUCUCUUCCUAUCUCUCUUAAUCUUCUCUUUUCGCACCAUCGUUGAAAACGGUACCUCACGUUUCAUCACGUUCGUUGACCGUGAUCCCGCCGUUAAAUCUCUUCUUUCUCGUCUUGACCUCGCCGGUAACGUUAAUCAUCAACACCGUCAACGUUCUCCUCAGUAUCAUCCUUCUCCCGCCGCCUUACGUCGUCGGAGACCUUUUUUGCAUCUGACUCGCGUCGGAACCCUAGAUGAUGAUUUUUUCUCCGGUGAUGAUGAUGAUGGGAGAACACUUUUUGGAUCAAAUUCCAAAGCUCCGGUUAAUGGUAGCGUUGUUGCUAUUGGACCUUUUGCGAUUGAUUCUGGAUUUUCGGAUCUUGUUGCUGAUAAUGGAGUUAGGGUUUUUGAAAUUGUUCGUUCUGGAAUCACGUUGAAAAAAGCUGAGGAUUCUUCAAUUGAGGUGGAAAAAGAUGAGGUGGAUGAUGUUGAUGACGAGAAAUACGAGAAAGAUGAGAAUUUGGAGAAAGAGGAACGGGAACAGGAACAGAAGAAGGAGAAGAGGGAUUUGGGGAAUGGGAAAGAAGAGAUGGUGACAAGUGUUGAUUUUCAAUUAUUUGUGAAUGGAUUGGAGAUAAGUCGGCGUGAUACGGCGGCGUUUUUUGUUCUUUUAGGUUCAUUGUCAGUGGCUUAUGGAUGGGUGAUUAUGGUUUUUCUUGUUACGUAUUCGUGUGUAUUAGGGGUUGUUAUUGUUUCGGUUGUUAAUGAUCUUGUAGGUAGGUUUAGUUCUGUUACUGGUGUGGUUUGGGAUGGUUUCAGAUUAGGUUUGAAGAGAAUUUCUGCUGUUGUUUUGAUAAGAUGGGCUGUGAGAGAUGCAGUUACUCAGCUUGUUGGAAUAUGGUAUUUUGCUGAAAUUGAGGAUCAGUUUUCGUUUUUCAAGCUAUUUGUUAGGUUGAAAUUGAUGCCUUUUUCGGUUAUGUCGCCUUGGGUUAGGGGUUUCGAGAAGGAGAUUUCGGGGUUUUUGUUCACUUGGUUUCUUAUGGAUACAUUUGUGACUUUUAUAUUCUCUGUGGAUUUUUGGGUUGCUUUGGAGGAUUUCAGGAGGGGUAGUAAGGAGAUUGUGAAGGAAGGUUGUUAUUUGUUGUCUUCCAUGUUGAAUCAAGCUAUUCAGAUUAAAUGUUUGGAAGCUGUGCUUUGUGGGUCGUUUAUGAGGUGGGCUUUGUCUCGAAUUUGCGGGAGAGUUGUUGCCAAGAUGUUUCAAUCUACCAUGGAGGUUUACUUCAUGGUUACUUGGCUUGUGUUUUACUUUGUGGCUAAGAGUAGGGAUGCCAAUCAACAGGGUAGGAGGUUUGGGCAAAGGGAAAUUGAGGGCUUAAUCGAUGGGCAUAGAUGAUACUUGGAUGUGGUUGGAUUGGCGGAUUUAUCACCCGGGUUUUUGAUUGCGAAUGCACAAGCAGCUGCAACGUUUCACAGGUUUAUAUCUCCUAGUUUUGCAGUCACUGUUGCUCAUCGCCACAAUUCUGUAGUUUUGUCUUGCCAUUAGACGUGUUGAAUGUAGUUCACCUCAAGGCCAAAAUGCUUCUUGUGUAUAUUCUGAAUGAGAAUACUUCAUAUGUAUAUUAUUCGUGGAAUCAUUAAAUUAGCUCACACAAUGUGUUGGUGAAUGCUGAUGAUAGUCUGUAGUCCCAAAUUACAAAGUUUAAGAAAUGAAGAAUGUUGAUGAUUUUUCUCCAUGCAACAUGGAGUUAUAGUAUGUUGUGAUGAUAAAAGUAGCCGUAUAUCAUUUUUGUUUAUUUGGUGUUAUUA